AUGAUUCCAGUAUAUGCAGCAGCACCAAUUCCAGGCGGCCGUGGACGAGGAGCUCCCCGUAGAGGACCUGUUCAAUGCUGGAAUUGCCAUGAGAUGGGCCACAUUUCACCAAAUUGUCCACAUCCCAAGAAGCAAAUUGGGUACCAGCCCAUAUGUGGAAUCUGUCAGACACAAGGUUUGCACGAGCAGGACAAUUGCCCGCAUAAGCUCAAGCCAAGCAAGGGAAAGGGGGUUGUAGAAAGCAAUGCAAUUUUUGUCCAGCAAGCUACACCAGAAUCUGGAGUUAUGACACAGGCACGGAGGCGUCAACAGAUGGAGAACUCUGUAAUUGAGGAUGCUGAGGAGAAGGAUGACCCAGAGAAAAUUGCAAGAAAGAACCGCAAGGAGAAAAGAGAGAGCAAACAACCCAAAUCAGAUCCACCGGCUACAAAUGACCAAGAUAAACCAGUCCCUGAUUCUGAAAUAACUACCCCAGCUAGGGCUCUUGACAAGGGCCAGGGAGUUGCCAAGGCACUACGUAAAAAGUGGAAACGAGUGCUGAAUCUGGAAACGCAGCCAUACAAUAUUCUUCAAGACUUGGAUAGUCAACGCCCGAACAUCACAUUCGCCCAGCUUUUGCAAUUGGCUCCAGGCAUGAGGAAGGUGUUGGCCGUGGCCAUGAAGGGACAUCGAGAAGUACUGGUUAAUUCAGCUUGGCCCCUUAUCACAGAUCUCAGUUCCCCCUGUAUAGAUGUGGAGACGCAAGGCGAGUUGAUCCAUCGUGCUGUGAUUGAUGGUGGAAGUGGGGUGAAUAUUUUGCCUAAGGAGACCUGGCGAAAGUUCAAUCUUCCAGAACCAGUUCCAGUGCCAUUUAUGGUUAAAAUGGCCGACCAGAGACGUGUCCAGCCAAGAGGAAUCGUGACCAGUGUUCGCACUCAGAUUGCUGGUCUAGUUUUCCACAUCGAUUUCGUGGUUUUGAGGAUGAAGGAGGGCAUGUUGGGCUAUCCACUGCUGCUCGGACGUCCUUGGCUUCUCCAGGCGGCAGCUGUGCAUAAUUGGCGUACAGGAAUUCUUGCCAUUGGCGAUGGCAAUAAUCGUGUUAAAGUCCAAGUUCAUUUUCGCCCUAGGGCACGGCGAGUAUUUGGGGCAGAACAGGAGGAUGAAGACAGCUAUGAUACAUCCAAUUCUAGUAGCCAGACAAGCAGUGAGGACGAUGAGGAGGAUAGCAGCAGCACAGCCAGUUGUGAGGAGCUAGAAAUGGUGGAUGUGGCUGCUAUCACCAAGAAUUCCUGGGGUAAGCCUCUUUCAGCAUGCAACACUGCGGAGCUUGAGAGCUGGCUGUGGGGAAAGGAUGGAGAGUUGCCUUUCGGCAGCGUACAGGUGGUGGAAGAAGAGACUGGUGCCAGACAGUGGCGAGGACGGAGCUCUUUUCCUCGCUACAUCGCUACGGUGCUACACGAGAAGUGGAUGGACGGCAUUUUGAAUCCUGAUGUGUGGAAAAAAUUUUUGAGCGAGGAACUAGUUGCCACUUGCCAGCUCGAAGCUAUUCCAGUGGAGCAGCCAUGUUGGGCUAUGCGAGCAGGGGAGUUGAAGCGGAUAGUAUAUAGAGUUCCAGGUUUGACAAUCAAGAUACCAGAAUUUCCAGUCGACUUGGAUUUUCUGGUGGCACCUUGGAAAAUGGACAACUAUAUCCUGCUGGGACAAGAUUUCUUAAAGGCAGCAAGAGUGUCUCAUCAGUGGAAUGAUCCGCUUCACUUGUGGAUUCCAAAUCCACAUGGCAGUGACAGAGUGCAGAUCGGCAUGGAAGAAGGGGACGAGCCCAGAGAGCAAGUUUUUAUCAUGGUGUUGGAAUCAAGAGCUGAAAAUCAAGCUGUGCCAAUGGCAGUGGCGUUCCAGACAGUGGACAGUUCUGAGGUCUGGAUGGGAGGAACCAAAGCGAUGCAUCUCACAGCAUCUUUGGAGAAUGUGGAACUCACAGCAAUGGUGGAUCCAGGAGCACUUGGCAACUUUUUGACAAAAAAUGGAGCAGCUCGAGCAAGCUUGGCGAUUACAGCUCUUCCUGAGCAUUACAUUGCCGUUUGUGCCGAUGGUGGAGUUUUUCCAGUGCUGGGUCUCGUGAGUUCCAACAUGGUGAUUGGUGAGGGAGACUUUCACGAGGUGCCUUUUUAUGUGAUCGAGGGCACUGUGACCAGCGUACCAAUUACUUUGGGAGCAGCUUGGCUUUUCCAGGUACAGGCUAGUCACAACUAUGUGACUAGUACUCUGGUGGUGGAAGAUGAUAAUCAUCGAUAUCGGACAAUCAUCUUGUCUGAUAUCAGUGCGUUUGAUUAUCACUUUUCUUACAUGCUGAAAGUUGAGAAGGCUUCAAGGUUAAAAAGCAAGGAAGUGACAGCAUGCAAGGAUCGUAGUAUGCUCAAGUCAUCACCAACUCAGCUAAUUCAGAUCAGGAAUGGACCUCAAGAUCUAGCUGGUCAUCAACUUUCCGUGGACGUGGUGCCAACAGCUAAUUUGGAAGCAGGAAAUUAUCCCAGCUAUUUUUUUAAGGAGCAGGUUGCCGAUCUUCCACUCAAGGAGACUUCCGCUUGUUCCCAAGUUGAUUCAGAUUAUUUUGGAAAGGCACCCCAGACACAGGCUGUGUUUAUGGAGCAGGUUGGUGACGAGCGACGUGAGUUACUGGUGGGACACCAACUCACCAAGGAGGAGGUGGAAGCUUAUCGUCAACUAUUUUUGGAGUUUCGAGAUGUGUUCGCAUGGAGCUAUGCUGAACUUGCUGGAGUAGAUCCGGAGCUGGUGCAACACAAGAUUCCCUUGCUUCCAGAUGCGGUGCCACAGCGGCAAAGAGCUUAUAAGAUGAAUCCAAGCUAUGCUAAGGCUGUGCGUGAAGAGCUUCAGAAGCUGUUGGAUGCAGGAUUUAUUGAAGAAGUGGAGGCUACAGAUUGGCUCUCGCCAAUUGUAGUGGUCCGGAAGAAGAAUGGAAAACUUAGAGUGUGCGUGGAUUAUCGCCGCCUUAAUGCUGCAACGAGGCGGGAUGGAUUUCCUCUUCCUUUCACAGAUGUCGUGCUAGAUGGGGUCGCAGGGAAGGAGUUGUACAGCUUUAUGGAUGGUUAUAGUGGAUAUAACCAGAUCCAGGUGGCUCCUGAGGAUCGAGCAAAGACGGCAUUCGUUACAGAGUGGGGUUGCUAUAUUUUUCGUGUUAUGCCAUUCGGUUUGACGAACGCACCAGCUACUUUCCAACGUGUGGUGACUUCAGCAUUCAGAUCUCUUCUUCAUGAGAGUGUGGAAGUCUUCUUGGAUGACUUCUCAACUUUUGGAAGCUGUGGAAAACAUCUGGAGCAACUCCGUGCAGUGUUCCAGCAAUGCCGAAAGUUUGGGUCGUCUCGGCUCGAGGCUUGGAGGUGGAUCUUGCAAAAGUGAACGUAGUGGAAGAGCUUGAGGCACCACAGACCGUGAGGGAGCUACAAGCUUUUCUCGGCCAUGUUGGUUAUCACCGACGCUUUA